AUGGCUGGCUUCUCCGCCCCUCCGCGCACCAUCGCCCGGCCGCGCCCAGCUUCCCAGUGCCGCCCCGGCCGGGUCUGGCUGCUCCACUUGCCGGGCUCCCCUUGUGCUCAGAUGAAGCUGUGCCUGCUCCUCACCGCCGGCUCCCACGCUGGCCGACUCCGCCAUGCUGGACGGCCGACUCCACCACUUGCCGGCUGCGCCACCAGCCGGUUGCCGCCCGGCCCAUCCGCCUCCUGCCCCGCGCCCGGCUUCCGCGGCCCCCGCGCGGCCAACCCCGAGCUCGGCCCCUCUGCAUCAGCCCGCACCUCCACAAGAAUGUGCCCCGGCCGUCGCCUGCGCCCGCCGGCUCCGGAUCCCCGCCGGGCCGCCUCCGGCCGCGGCCGGGUGCCCCGCACCAACUGGCUCCGGGUCCCCGCCGGGUCGCCUCCGCUUGCGGCCGGGCGCCCUGCUCCGGCCGUCUCCGGGUCCCCGCUGGGUCGCCUCCUGCCCACCUUCACGCCCGCCUCUCCACCUCCUGCGCCGGCUCCCCAGGCCGGCCCGACCAACCGCCGGCUCCACCCUCGACCCGGCCCGCCGGCUCUGCCUGCGCCGGCUCCUGCCAUGUCCGCGCCCGCCGGCUCCGCGCGACCCGGCCACGCGCCAGUUCUGUGCGACUCGGCGCCGUCCGGCGUCCCCGGCGGCCUCCCACGCCGGCCGGCUCGCGCCCGCACGGCCGGCUCCACCCGCCACCCGGCCGGCUCCGCCGCUUGCCGGCCUCGCCCGGCGACCUGGCCGCCUGCCGGCCCUGCCCGCAUCCCGGCUAGCCGACUCGCCGCCCCCCGCGCCGGCUCCGCCCGCAUCCCAGCCUCCCGCACGUCGACUGGCCGCGCCCGUGCGGGCUGCGCCUUGCAAGCCCCUCUGCCGGCUGGAGCAAAAGAAAGUCAAGGGUCGACUGCCCAAAAAAAGAGAGAGAGAGAGAAAGAAGUCGGCUGGGACAAAGAGAAGAUAAGAAACACCCGUCCGGAUGAUUCGUCCGCCUGCUUCGCCAUUCGGACGGUCAGUCGUGACCCACGCUGUCGGCAACGCCAAGCCGGCUGGUCUGCCUCCUGCUCUGACGGCUACACCCAGCGGGUGCACUGA